AUGACUGUACCCAAUGGCCAACGGCUGAUAGCUGUAGACGCUGUUGUCAUUAAACUCAAAUUGGUGUCUAUUUCAGCUCUCAGGGUGAACAACAUUGUGGUGCAGUUCCAAACUGACCAUGCUUCACUCAGGUUCAAUGGUAAUAUUGUGGCUAAAAUUCCUCGUGUCGACAAGUUAUUUCCCUGUUCACUUACACAAGAGCUCGGCGAAGAAGAAAAGCAGGCGUAA